AUGGAUGAGGCUUUGGGUUGGGAGAAGGUUCUGUUCGGUUAUUGUGGGCCUGGUCAGAUUAAUGGCCACACCUGUAACUCCCAAGGUGUAUACUUAGUGACCUCUGCUACUAUGUGUUGGGAGGAACCCAAUGUGAUUGGUACACCACCAACCCCAAGAAUUGGUCAUAGCUGCACAAUAGUUAAAGAUGUUCUUCUCGUGUUUGGUGGACUUGCUGAAGAAAAUAUUCUAAUGAAUGAUUUGCAUAUUUUCAGAAUUUCUUCCAAUGAGUGGAUUGCACCGGUUGUCAGGGGUUUUAUUCCACCAGCAAGGAAAUUCCACAAUGCAACUUUUAUAGAUAGAAAUCUAAUAUUCAUAUUUGGUGGAGUUGGAUAUGGUGUUAGCUAUGACGAUACACUUUAUGUUUUAAAUACUGGUUCCAUCAUAGAGAUGGUUUGGGGCCACACAUGCAAUGCGAUUGCAGAGGGUAAAUUUCUUUAUAUCUUUGGUGGCAACAGGGAUGACGACCUUCGCUCGAAUCAAGUCCAUGUUCUUUAUACAAGUGAUGCUCUUGUUGACUUCUUGCUGAUUCCACAAUUGAGAUGUGUGGUUAUCUUAUGA